CGCACUGGAGAAUCCGCUUUCAGUUUCAUAUUCACUCACGACUGUAUCUGACUGUCCAACCUAUCGUCUUCAAAUGCCAGCGUGGAGGGAUACGCAAUGGCCGACGGCUGGGUCGGGCCUGGAUCCACUUCGUCGAAUGCCGACCAGGGUAAACAAUGCGUGCCGCCGGUGCCGGCGAAACAAGAGCCUGUGACCGCUUCCGACCGUGCUCUCUUUGCUUACGUGCCAAUGCUGAAUGUGAGCCAGCAGAGGUGUCGCAAUCUGCGACGGGCAGGCCUCGGCGUGCUCAGCCGCGUCCUGCAGCAUACACACCCACAAGGGGACGCCUACCCACCGAUAGUCCCGUUGAUGGGUUUAUGUUACGGAUCCCAGUAGACAGGGCUUCAUCCUCCGACAAUCGCGAGGCGAGCAGUGAUGCCGACAAGCAAUCACCCCAGGUGAUUAUUCCAGAAUCGUCUAGGCAUGAUGUCUCAUCCACCCCUACCGCCCCAGUAUACGGGGAGUCGGAAUCAGCGAUGGGUAUCGUUCGGAGGAUUUGUAGACUUGGGAGUCAAAGUAUUGACGGCCAGCCAACCUCAGCCAUUCCUGAUGGGGAGCUGGAGACUCACACGCCACAAAUUUCCAAUGACAAUCAACGGUUGCCUAUUUCGUCCAUCUUGAAUUGCCAGUUUCCUGGGGAAGAAACCAUUCGGGCGUUGGUCGAGGAUUAUUUCGACACAGUCCAUUGGUUCUCAUUAAUCAUCUAUGAGCCGCACUUCCGCAAGCGACUCGCAACAGUUCAAUGUGGCUACGCCUACUCUUCAGACACCCCAUUCAUUCUCUUGCUGUGCGUUAUGCUCUCCAUGGGAGCCUGGUAUCGCUCCGCCCGUACCUCCGGGCAUGAUGCUACAGCAUGGCGCCUCUUGAGCAACGAACUUUUACAGGUUGUCGAAUCGAGGCUUAUACACAUUAUGGAUCACCAUUCAUUGACAGCCAUACAGACCUGCAUAUUACUAGGUUCCCAUCAUGUGUACCAUGGCCGACCAAAUCUAUCCUUUUCGCUUCUGGGUGCGACAAUUAAAAUAGCGCAUGCCCUGAGUCUCCACAAAGAUGUGGAUCACGGGGAUCUGGGUGAUAUAGAGGAACGAAAGAGAGUUUGGUGGACGAUUUAUACUUGGGAUAGAUUCGCCUCUAUUUCUUACGGAAGGCCCUUAAGCAUCGAUGACCAAGAUUGCGACGUUUCUAUGCCUGGCUCAUUUGCUGAGUCGCCGUAUUUUAAACAAAGCUCUCUUGGGACUCAACCCACAAGUAUACUAUACUCGCCAUAUCAAAUCGAACUGAGUAAACUCUACGUACUCACAUCACCAGUUCUGAAGAUGAUCUUUGGGACUUGCAGCACACGACCAUCCAAAGACGAUUUUGAGCUUAGAUAUACCCUCCUCAUCAAUGACGUGGUCCAGAAGCUUGUGAUUUGGCACAGUCAGUUGCCAUCUUACUUAAGCUUAGAUCUUGAUCAAGAUUAUCAGCCUGGGCAAACUACAUGGGAAUCUCGAGCGCACGUUUUGCAGUCUUUGGCCCUACAACUGACCUUCGACAAUUUGCUUAUAGUAAUAUAUCGACCAUUUCUAUCACGGCAGGUUGAGCGUCUAUCAAAACCAGCCCUCAAUGCCCAUCUAGACGCACAUUCCACCAGUCCCCAUGACCUACACAGACAGUCAGUAUCACAACGCCCUUGCGAUAAUGGUUUGACUGCCGACAUACUGAACUUGUCCGACAACGUACCUAAAGGCGUAUCGGAGCAUUGGUGGAACGCAGCGGUUCGAACCGCGCAAGUAACCCAUUUGCCACAACUCACCCAACUCGCGACUGACAGUCAUCUGGUGGCAUUUAUGGCCAUGAAUCUAUUUCAUUCGGCAAUAGUCCUUGUUUUGAAUGCCCUCUCCGAUCCUCUGUCAGACGGUGUGCAGGGUAUCAAGCGAACAGUUACAAGAAUCCUUCGCCUGCAAGAAUUAGUAGGCCGACAAUCGACUCUCUCUAGCCAAAGCAGUGCCGUUUUGAAGAAUCUCAUUCGUCUACUGCUGAAGAGGGAAGGAGAAGCAAUGCUUGAUUUCUCACCAUCGAUUUCUCUGUCGAGUGACGCCCAUGUUUUGCAACCGACUUGUGUCUCCGAGGGCAACAUCAUUUCCACCGUUGAGGAUGCCUUGCGUCUUUCCUCAAGGGAAAUCCAGACCAUCGGUCAUCAAACUUGGAAUGGGACGGAGCCUGCCACAUCAGAUGCCCAACAUCUGAGUGAAAACCUAGCAUCUUUACAACAAGUAUUUCAAACUCCUAAUGGAUCUGGGAAUCAACAUGAAACCUUCAGAAGAGUACCAGAGACUGAUUCAUCUGCCCUGGAUAGCGCAGCACACUAUCCACAAGCCCAGGGACAGCCAUGGACGUCUUUUGGAGAACAAGGCGGACCAAGUUUUGCUAAUGACUUGCAUCAAUCCAGCAACUCCACCGAAAUCGGAGGCAAUAACAUGUUUUGGCUGUGGGAUUAUAACUGGGACGGACUUUUUGAUGGAGGAGGCAGUCUAUCGUGAUAACCACUGCUCUCUCAAAAUGGUUUGACGUAGCCCGCUUUGUAGUCCUGUGUUAUGCGAGACAAGAGAUAACCCGGCUAUCAUGACUCUGACGUCUUGGCGCUAAGUCCAGGGAAACCAAGACCGACGAAGUAUCCAGAUCAGCAGUCGCAGAUGCCUUACGUGAUUUUGGAAAUAUCUGGAGGGAAGCGUUUGGUAUCCAACACAAAAGGGGGCGAAUCGUAUUGACUGAGUGGAGUCAUGAGAACAUAACAUACUCGUCAAUACCCAAAAGGAUGACGGACCUUUUUAACGAGAAGCACGGUGGAAUUGAGCGAGGAUUGCAGUUAAUUGAACCAAAAGUGAAAUGCAAGCCUAUUUUAGCACAAGAGCACCGAAUCAUAUCUAGCUCAGCGAAACGUUCUUAAUAUUA